AUGUCGUCAAUGGCCACUACUCGUGCCGCCAUGGACCCCGCCGCGGCGGAGGCUGCCGCCGCUGCCGCUGCCGCUUCCGCGGCAAUGCGGUCAUUCACAAUAGAGGCAUGGACCCUCUUGACAGUUGGCAUUCUUUUUACGAUGUUGAGGACCUACGCCCGGGUCAGGUCUGUAGGGUUUAAAGGCCUUCAAGCGGAUGACUACCUUGUCUGGGUCGGCGCGAUGUUCUAUGUGAUUGAGACUGCGCUGGCGCACUCCGUGGGGGCUGUUGCGAAGGGUAUGGCGAAUAACGCUAUGACGGACGAUCAACGAGCGGCUCUGUCCCCAGACAGCGAGGAAUAUCGACUGAGGGUGAUCGGUUCCAUUAUUCAGCUUUGUGGAUGGUCAAGCUAUUCCUUGUUAUUAUGGUCCCUUAAGGCAUCACUGCUGGUAUUCUAUCUGCGACUGACUGCGGGCUUGGGUCGGGGCUACCGACUUCGCAUCUACUUUGGCUUCGGUUUCCUAGCCGUCAGUUGGAUCGUCGUCAUCAUGAAUCUCUUCCUUGCUUGUCGUCCCUUUCACAAGAACUGGCAGAUCAAUCCUAACCCUGGAAAUGUCUGUCAACCAGCUAUAUCCGACCAGGUUGUUUGGGUAUACCUGGCGUUUAACGUUACCACGGAUUUGUACCUUUUUACGAUUCCCCUUCCAAUGCUGUGGCAAGCUAGGCUUAAGCCCAUAAAAAAAGGGGGCCUCAUUUUCCUCUUCAGCGGCGGGCUAUUUGUUAUUGUCUGCGCGACCCUGCGUUGCAUCCUGAUUGUUACGGACCCCCAAAAUGGUGCUCAGCUAGCCGGAUCUUGGGCUGUUCGAGAGACCUUUGUCGCAGUCAUCACCGCAAACAUGCCAAUGGUGUUCUCAAUCAUCAAGCUUUGGCUGGGCCCUGUCUUUGGCUCUCUUCUCACUUCACUGCGAUCAACUCAGAAGGUCACGGACGCGACACCGAAAGAAAUACGCACUUUUGGCGGCGGCAGCAACCAAAGCUGGCGAGGGCGCGGUCCUCCCUCAGCAUACCCAAUCACCAACAUAACCUUCAAUGAGAGCGAAGAACGCAUAGUGAAAGAGUACAAGAUGCAAGACCUCAAAGCCUGGGGAGACCCUCACGCUGAGCCAGCCGGAAUCAAGAGAUCAAUUAGCAUCAGAAGAAGUCACAGCAACCGGCGGAAGAAUACUGAUAUUCGCAAGGAUGUAGAAGUUGCCAUCACCACCGAAUACGUGCAACCGGCGAUAGACAAGGAGGGCAACGCUAAGGCACUGUCACCGAGAACCUUGACCUUUGCCAGAGGACCGAAGAGAAAAUCUCUGAACAAUCCUAACAAUUAG